GAUUACAGCGGGAGGCCGUACAGCAGGCAGUAUGGAGGCUAUGACUACUCCCAACAGAGCGGAUUUGUCCCUCCAGACAUGAUGCAGCAGCCUUACACAGGGCAGAUUUACCAGCCGACACAGACGUACACUCCAACCUCAGCACAGUCUUAUUAUGGAAGUAAUUUUGAAGAUGAGCCUCCUCUGCUAGAAGAGUUGGGGAUCAAUUUUGACCACAUCUGGCAGAAGACACUAACGGUGCUACACCCAUUAAAAGUAGCAGAUGGCAGCAUCAUGAAUGAGACUGAUUUGGCUGGACCAAUGGUUUUCUGCCUCACUUUUGGAGCCACAUUAUUACUGGCAGGUAAAAUUCAGUUUGGUUAUGUGUAUGGAAUAAGUGCAAUCGGAUGUUUAGGGAUGUUUUGUCUCCUGAACUUAAUGAGCAUGACGGGUGUCUCCUUCGGCUGCGUCGCCAGUGUCCUGGGAUACUGUCUUCUUCCUAUGAUCCUGCUUUCCACUUUUGCAAUUGUAUUUUCACUGCAGGGAAUGAUGGGGAUUAUUCUCACAGCUGCAGUCAUUGGCUGGUGCAGCUUUUCUGCUUCCAAAAUCUUUAUUUCUGCCUUAGCAAUGGAAGGACAACAACUUCUAGUAGCAUACCCCUGCGCUUUAUUGUAUGGAGUCUUUGCUCUCAUUUCUGUGUUCUGAAGAGACUGUCCAAACCGCUGGACUCCGUGGGCCAAAAUGAAAACAUCCACCUGGAACAUUUAGUUGGACCAGAAGCAGCUGCAAACAGCUGUAUAGCGUUGCUGUUGCAGAACUUAGACCUGUUCUGAAUCAUCUGGAACAAUGAAAUCAAAUGUCUCGUGUUCACUUUUUUUAGGACUUUGAAUACUGUUUUCAAUUGACCGGAGGUGUCUAUAGCUUUAAUACCUGUUUCUGCUCAUCAAGCUCAUGUCAUUCCUUGCCCAUUCCUGUAUCUUUAGAAGAGAAACUUUUGUUUGUUUAUUUGAG